AUGCAUGCCACCAGCACGACCACCAUCGACGCGAAGAAGCGCGUCGCGACGCUGUGGAAGGAGUUCAUUGCCUCGGACUACGUCAAGGACAAGGUCGAUGGCGCGCCUUUUCUGAGAAACCUCGCAGCCAUCGACAAGAUGGACUCCGUGGGGUCUCUGUGCGUCCAGGACAUCUACGAGCACUUCGCGGAGUGGAUGACGUGCAUCUACCUGAGCAGAGACAAGAAGCCGCUAGGCCCGGGGACCCUGGACUCGUACUUCGGCUACCUGAUGGUCCAGGCGAGGGCUCGCGCGUUGGAAAUCGCGCGAGGAGAGAUUCAGGUGACGAAGGCUUCGAACUUCUUCUCAUGCAGCUCCGGCGACACGAACGUGAUGACGGACGAGGUCAGGUGGUUUCGCGGGGUGAAGCACAACAUGCGCCGUAAGUCGAUCGCGCGUCUCACCGAGAAAGGGGAGGCGAUCGACAACAGCGCGGACCCGCUGUACGCGGCGGACAUCGCGAAGAUCAACGAGACGUACGCGCGCGUCGGCGGUGCCGAGUCGGCGGUGAGGUCGUGUCUCCUCAUCGCGACAUGGCAGACUGCCGGGAGGACCACGGAGUGCGUCUACCUGAGCUACGACAACAUGUUCUGGGACAGGCAGUUCUGCUGCAUCGAGGUCGAGAUCGUUCAGUACAAGACCUCCAAGGUGAAGCGACUACCGCUGGUGGCGUCGGCGAACCACCACAUGUGCUUCUUCACGCGCCUCGGCGACAUGCUCGCGCUUGAGCGCACGGUCUCGUACCGCCCCGACGACAUGGGCUCGUGGCUGUUCCCGAAGUUCCAGUCGAAAGACCAAGCAGGCGCGGCCAUCAACAGGAUCCUCAAGGACGUGGAUGUGCGCCAGGAAAACGCGAAGCACAAGGUGGAGGCGAAGGCGUCCAAGUUGGAGUUCGCCGCGAACGCGACGGUUGUUGGCGCCAGUGUGCGCCCCGGGGCAAUCAGCACGCUGUACGCGGACAUCCCCGCGAACCAGGUCGUCUGCACGUCGGGGCACGACAUGUCGGGCGACAGCAAGAUGUUCGGGUACGUCGACGUGAACGUGGCUACGUGCAUGCCAGGGGCGACGGUUCUGGCGGGCUGGCCGUCGCCAGGGUAUGGGAAACCCACGAAGGGUCCGCGCCCGGCGUCGGUCGAUGCGCUCGCCCAUCAGGGCGCGGACAUGAAGCUCGUGGAUGACAUCGUCGACGAGGUCUUCGACCUCGAUCCCGCACAUCCGCCGAUGUUGUUGAGGGCCGAGGUGCGGCGUGCCGGGGACGGGGAGUUCGUGAACCCCGGCGGUACUUUGCGCAUUCGCGUCCCUCGUGAUGCACUACGAGGAGCGCAGCAAGAACGGUUUCUUCCUCCCCGUGCAGGUGAAACUCGAGACGGCCGUUUCCAAGGCGUUUUCCGGGCGUUCGUCGCACGCGAAGUUGACGGAGUGGGGCAACGCGAUCCGCGACGCCUUCGUGGCCGACAACAUCCACCUGUCCGCGUACCACGAGACGGAAGGCACGGCGCGCAUUGUGAGCAUGCUGCAGAGUCUCGCGCGGCAGCAGGGGCAGGUGGCGCAGAACCAGCGCGCGCUCGAGAACGCGCUCGAGAGCGCGCUCCGCGCGCUCCCGGGUGCCAUUGGGGCGAGGAUGGAGGAGCAUGUGGCGGAGCUCGGCUCCCGCGUGGAGAACGCACUCCAGCUGACGCCGACGACGCGCCGCCGUCGCGUGGCGCAGGACGAUGGCGGUGA